GUUUUUAACUGCGGCAUAUUCGGAGGGGUUCAUUUGACCUUGGAGGCUGUUUGUGCCCUGUUGCCUGUUUGGCUCUUUAAAGUUAGUGUCCAUUUGGAGUAUGCAAUGCACGCGGCGAAUACCGCGUGUGCGUGUGACAGGCACCAAGAAUUCCCAAACUGUUUCAAAGAGGCCCCAUCAUCUGAAUUUGGGCACUUUGAUACCCCGGCUGCUGCUUCCGUCGCUUCCUGCACAACAGAUGACACUGGAAUCGAAUUAUCAAGUCUCGGCGCGUCACCGGUUACGCUUAGCGGGUCAAGUUUACAACAUCAUCGUGAACCCAGAGCGGUACCGGAAAGUUUGGAACGGCCACCUCCCAUUCCUCCCAAAACAAUCAACAUCCUCUCUUCCCCCCUUUCAAAGAAUUUACCUCCCACUGGGUCUUUCGGUUUUCAUAAACAUUCGGAGAGACAUGUUUUAUCAGCAGAGGAACUUGCGGUACGGUUUCCUCCAUCCAAUUUAAACUCUUCGACGCGUGUUCUCAAGACGAUCAACACCCUUGGCGGGAAGACCCCGCGUGCCACCUCUUUAUCUCCACAAGCAAAUCACUUUCAUGACCUUGUACGAUCUCCGUUAUUGUUGGAUGAUUUACCGCCUGCAGAAAACUUCAAGCCAAGCAGUGGCAGCAGGACCUUUCGUCCGAGAGCAGUAGCACCGGUACAUAAGGACCGAUACGUCCCUUCUUGCUCCUUGGAAGCAUCCUGGGCUCCCGCCACUUCGUCGAAACGUCUGCAUUCUGCGAAUCAUGAAGUCCCGUCACCACCCUUACGCGUUCAACGCUUUUGCGCGUGUAGUGGUAACCGCCACUGGCGCACAAACGCUUUACCACUUCUUUCGUCUCUAGCUUCUAAAUCAAAAAUGAGUUCGGUGGCCGACAUCCCUACCUCCAGCGCGCGCAUAUAUGAGGGCUGCGCAUCUCUUUCACAUGAAGCAGCUGCUCGAACCCAGAAGGACCGAUUAUUUAAGUCUGGCUGUGGGGGGCUGAGAUGGCUCUCUUGCACUUUGUUCCGAUUUUUCAAGUCUGGUCCCAGUUUUAAAAGGUCACCAAGUGCCAAAAAGUCACACUUUUCUGACGACGAGACACUAAAGUCUAUUGAUACUCCCUUAGGGGAUUAUCUGUGCACUGUUGCUCCUCCAUUUGUUAAUCGUGCAAAUGAUGCGUCUUGUCAUACCCGGAUUUCGUUCGCUUCUUGCGGAGGAUCGUUGUGGAGGGAACGGUCUAGGAGUUACUGCUCCGCCCACAGACAUCGUCGGUCGGCACCAACUGAGACGGUCUCAAGCGCUCCGGUGUCAACUCAUCGUUAUGUAAUCCCUCCUGCAACAUUGUCCACCUCAGCUGCUAGGUCUAUACCCUCAACCACACCGGCGUCCAUUGAUGUUGAAUUCGUCAAAGAGUCUGCCGAGCUUUCGUUGUGUGGUGUAAAUUGUGCACAUCUAAGAUGCCACCUGCCUUCACAGAGCGGGCGUCUCCAUCCUUUACCUCCGUCUCGAGGUAACUCCUCAAGCCGGGACGCAACUACACAAGAGAAGGAUGAACCUUCUUCUUCUCUUCUCUCUUCUAAACCGUUUACUUCUGUAUGUGUGCACUCUUCACAAUGUCUUCUGGGCACCAUGCCAAAGUGUCGAAAGCCGACAGUCAGCUCCAACUUACAUUUGCUUACUACUCCGGGUCACCUGCACAACAGACCACCUCACAUCCACUGUGCCUUACCUGGACGCUGUCGCGGUAGGCUGUGUGAACAGGUCCCUGCUUGUCUAUCUUCGUCCUCCUCCUCCUCACCGACCAAUUCGGACACUGAUCAGACCGAAUCGUCGGCCCGUGGAGUCGUCGCUGCAACGCAUCAGAAUCUUGCUACUGAGACAGAUCCAUGCGGUGGCUUUGUCUCCUGUGAGCUUCUUUCUCCAGAAUCACUGCGUGCACAUUCCUGUUGUCUGUUCAGCACUGAUGAUCCCCAUGGCUCGACCCAGCUUCAGUCCAUCCGGAAAACAAUCCGCGAGGUGUGUUGUUCCCACCAUCCAGAUGGCUCCUUGAACAACAUCGACAGAAUCCACCACGUGCAUCACAUACACCACGUCCACCACGUGCAUCAUCAUCAUCAUCUGCAUAGCUCUACGACACAGCUGCAGCCGGAUACCGUUGCCUCGUGCCCGUUGAGCUCUGAGACGAUCAGCACACAACCACAUUGCGUUCGUACCGCGUUUUCCACUACAAACGCGCCUGUUUCUUGUCGCUCCACCGAAGCGCUGUCCAGUAUCUCAGGCUCCUCUCGUUUACCCGGUAUGCCGGAGGUACCGGAUUCCGUUCCCUGUCCGAUCCACGCCUUCGGGGUUUCGGACUCUCCUACUUCUCGCAUUGCCAACCGCUUGCGAGGCUUUAAUGCUGUGCCAUCCGGUUCAUUCUCGCGGACCACCACCACCACUGCAGGACCAUAUUCGUUCUGUCAAGGCUCGCACACCAUUCAUUCACUUUCUCCGGCUGGUGGGCAGCUUGAUCCGAUUCUGGAGAGUUCCGCAAUUUCUCCGGGGGCUUUACGCGACAGCCAUUUGAUAGAGCCUACGACCCCCACAGACUCGUUACCCCCGAGAUGCCACCCGGUAGCCACCUCCACCUCCAUUCCACUUGCAAGCGCCUCCACCAAUUUCAGUAGUCUGAACUCCCCCAAUCGUCUGUCUGGUUUUGGAAGGUCUUCCAGGGCGUUCACACAACGCAGUCCAACGAAACAAGUACCAAGCUCCUCCGGUACCGGUGACUUUGCAAUCGCCUCCGCAUCAUCAUCCACUUUUGCGUCGAACUCCAAUGGCUCGGCGUCCCCCAUCCGUAUCCCUCCUUCUGAUCCCCACCUUCCCGCUGUCCUUGUUUCCUCCGCGAACCUACCAGAUUCGCCGUCACGUAUUGCGGAGCUUCAGGAGAGUCGGUCAUUUUUCCAGAGGAGCAUGCUGGAGUUACGUAGGGUAUGUUGCUCAAAAACUUUCAAGGUGCUAACCAUGAUCCGAGCACCUAAAUGCGAUUGUUUCAGUUAUUUUGGUAAUAUUAAUCAACACCUGACAGUGGCCGGAGGGAUGAGGCGUCUGCGCCUUGUAACCCCCAAAGUUCCUCGUUUGGAAUCUGCGUAGGAGCUGGCGACUUUGCACUAUCCCUAGAUGGCGCGUGACAACGAAGCGUAAUGGUGCUACCUUUUUUUCUUUUUGUUGUAAUUGAGGCAUUAAUGAAGAAAAACAGACAAAACGGGAAUACGAAAGAGUGGUCCUCGUUUCUUGUGAAGGUUAACAACCAGGAUUAACAAAUCAGGCGCAACAGCGUCAUUGAUUUCACACUUGCACCACGUCGUAUAGCGUCCACAAUGUUUCUCGUGACCGAUCCCAACUUUCCUGUUCAGGAAGUCCACAUGCACCGGUUCGACCAAGGAUUUCGGUCGUUCUGGUGCGCGCUGCGGCUUACUCAGUCAGGUGCUUUGUCAACAGAUACCACAUGUCCAGACGGAUGCUAGGCAGACAUUCCUCGGCCAUUACCUAACCACUUUAGGUGCUUUGAAUUCAAAGAGCGUUUCAGUGUUGUGACAGCUGGAUUGUUGCCAAACGUCAACCGGGGGACUUCAGAACUGCUUACUCGGUGGUCCUACCAAAUACGGAUAAUGCAACCGAUGCCUUCAGUGUACAGCAGCCAUGUGUCUGAUCCGUAAUGCAAGACGCCACGCUGCAGCGUAAGUCGUCCAUCUCUAGUCAGUUACUUCCGAUUUGUCUUAGUAUGUCUUCGCACGACUUAUUUAAUAGAUGUUCUGGUGAGCCUCUAUUUAGCAACUUUGUUUUGUCCUAGUGUGAUUCUGCCUAGUCAACUCACUAUGCUCUGAUGUACCAGUGCGAGCUUGGGCUUGGCUACUCAGAUUUGCAGGCAUACCUCGUGCCUUACACAUCUCGAAGCGUUAAAUGUGUUCUCUGCCAUCCGAUUCAGCGAGAGUCAGCUUUUAUCCGGAAGGAGUUAUUUAUCCUCUGCCUACUCCUUAGAGUCAUCCACCAUAGCGUUAAUGCCAUAUGAAACACCCAUGAAAAAGACUUUUCGUGGUAAUUCUGUCAUGAAACCAAAGAGGCAACAUAAAAGAGAACCACUCAGGAGAAGCUUACCUUACAACGCUUCGGGAGUUGUCUCAUCGAGGUUUCGAUAUUGAGUGGUAUUACUAGAUUUCUAUUUUCCGCGACACAGUCAAAUGAAGUCAUUGGGGCUCUAAACCUAUGGAAGCUAACUCACCGCGUUUUUUGUUGCUGGAGCGACUGGCAUUUUCUGAAUAUAAGGUCGACACGUUCCCUUCGGCCGCAGGUUUACUUACUCUACGUUGGAUCGACUGUCUGCUGAGCUGUCAGAGAUCGAUGAUCGCUAGUAGUCCGGAAGCAAUAGCAAUACGACUAAUGUCUUGUGGAUCUUCACACACAGUUCUUCAGCAGCUUUUAACUGAAUUGACGUCUGACAGCCACCGAUUCUAUUACUGGAAAAUAUUGUCAACAUGUCGGUUACAUCACUCUUGGUUACUCUGAGAGUAUGAUAAUGAUUAUCACGACACGACUUCAUUCCGCCUCGGUGAUGUCAUACCGCGUCUGCUGUCCUCUUUGGUGGUUUGUUGAGGUGACAUGUCUUGUGGAUCUCCGCAUUUGAGGCAGCCCGGAAUCGCAAUCCAAGAGAUCGUUGUUGAUAUUCAGUUCGAGACCUGAACAUCCUUGUUCCGUUUUCCACGUUCGUGUUCGGUAGCAGCACCGAGUUCACAGUGAUACUGUUAAACAUCGCGUCCUGGGGGACUGCGCGUAUUCCUUUCAACAAGCGUGUUUCGCUGUACCAUGGCUCGGUCACGUCCUACGCAUGGCACAUGCGCGUUUACUGCACCGCGCAGUACCAGGCUGGAGGUGACCAUGUGGUGGUCAGCCUUCCACUUGGCGACAGCACAUGAAACCGCUGACGUCAAGUCUAGCAGCCGUUGGACUCGUACCUCUUCCUGGAUGAGGACCUAAAGGUGAGGAGUACCAGUGGCUUAACACGUUUGAAGACAUGGCUCGUAACUGGAGUCAGUGUAAGAACUGUGUACAGAAUUGCAUCGACUCACGUGUUUAAUACAUCAAACAUGGAAGAUGAC